ACGUACCGGGGGCGACAUUUGGUUUAUAAGGCAGCUGUACUGACUGCCUCCACCUCCGUUUGAAAAGUACCCUGCAAUGCAAAAUGAGUAGAACUAGGCUAGCAUUUUAAGUAACACAGGCUAGCUUUAAUUCUCUACCACUAAAUUUAAUCAAGUAACAGUAACGGAAAGAGAGAUUUGAGACAAAAUGAAUAUAAUUCCUACGAAGCGGGCAGCCUUUAAUGUAACCACCGGAGUCAUGAGCGUUUAUUUCCCACAAAAUGGCGGCUUGGAGGGACACUUGUGCCCAGGAGCGUCCGCGCCUCAAGUCGACAUGGACUCGUCUCUAGACUCCCACAACGUGAACGUGGAGGCUCCAAAGCGACCCAAGGACCUGGUAGUGACCUCGGGGAAGGGGUUUUCAGCACAAAAGAGGCUCCUGGAAGAUAGCCAGGACAUGGAGGACGGCUCUCUGCCGUGUACUCCCGAGCUUCAGUCGGACAGUGAGGCCGACGUGUCGAGCUGUCCGUCCGGGUACGAGGUGCUGGAGAACGACACAAGGCAACUCCUGAGCCGGUUCUUCAGAGAGUAUUCUGGACACUCCAAACCAGGGUGGAAUGAAAGCAGGGAACUAUCGACGCUGAAGAGAGUCGUGGAGGGGGUUUUGGAGAAGCACAGAUACGCAUACAAUGGUAUGAUCAACAAACUGUCUCUGGACGACAGAGGGGAAGAUGCCAGUUUUGUCAGUGCAGUAGCAAAGAGUCUGUUCGCAGAUGGCACAACGAACUGGGGCAGGAUUGCCAGCCUGAUCGCGUUUGGAGCAGCUGUGUCUCAGUAUCUGAAAGAGAAGGGCAGGGGGGACUGUGUGGAGCUGGUGGGACAGGAGAUCUCAACAUACCUGCUGACAGACCAGAGGGACUGGCUGGUCAAAAACAACUCCUGGGAUGGCUUUGUGGAGUUCUUCAGAGUAGCAGAUCCAGAGUCCACAGUGAGGACGACACUCAUGGCCUUUGCAGGGUUCGCAGGAAUCGGGGCAACACUGGCCCUGUUGAUCAGGUGAACUUAAGGACACAUAGAGACUUUCUUAUUUUUACACCUGGAACAAGAAACAGAGGAAUCUGAAGCCAAACUGCUUGGAUGUCCAAGUCAGAAGUGGCACCUCCUCUUCUUGGACCCUCUCCCUUCCACACCCAUCCUCACAAUAAGAGACUCUCUGACAUCAGCCAACUUUAAGAAUUAGGAUUAUUUAAUUUAAAAAGAUUUUAUUUUUAUAAUAAAUGUGUAAAUGUCUGUCGCAACAAAUUAAAGUGGUUACAGGCAGAUUCUUGCUUGAUUGCUUUUUCAAUACAAUCUUGUGCUGAUGGUGUUCGGAAGACAUGGAAGGGAAAGCUGCCGUGCCCAUUUGUCCAUUCGUGACCCCUGGCUGGAUCCCUUUGUAUGGACACCUCUACUGCGCGCGCGCCCGAGAGAGAGAGAGAGAAAGAGGGGUGGAUUUGCAUUAAUGUUGCGCUACUUCCUUGUUAUGAAAAUGUUGGAUCUGCAAAGAGAUGGAGCACGCCACAUGCAGGACUUUUUGUCUGGAGAGUUUGAGUCCGUCGUGGAAAAAGGAAACGAGGACUGUGAGGUGAAAGGAUGUAGACUGUGUUGAAUGCCUGCACCGAAAGCUGAGACUUCAGUUUGUGGAAGUAAAGAGGGGAUUACAGACGAUGAAACAUAGUUCAAAUCCAGCUGUAAGCUAGCACAAAUCUGUAUAAAACAAUAAAAAGCAGUAUAAAUCACA